CACACGCACACACACACACACACACGCGCAAACAAACAGACACACACCUUCGCUGCUCCAGUGUUCUGGCACGACCCACCGUAGACAAGGUCUGUCCGUGGUGCACUUGCCAUCACAACAGAGAUGAUUGAAACUUGACCAGGAUUUACGCCUGUGAGGAAUAACUAUCUCUGCAGGAGGCUUCAAAUCCUGUUAACAGCUUCCAUCACCUCAUCUCGUCGCCCAUUUAUCCAUCUCAUAAUGAACUCCACCACAUCCAUUACAUCUCUAUUCUCCUUCACCAGCCCGGCGGUAAAACGCCUGCUGGGUUGGAAACAAGGGGAUGAGGAAGAGAAGUGGGCGGAAAAGGCCGUGGACUCUCUAGUGAAGAAACUGAAGAAGAAGAAGGGGGCGAUGGAGGAGCUGGAAAGAGCACUCAGCUGUCCAGGGCAGCCCAGCAAGUGUGUGACGAUUCCUCGGUCACUAGACGGGAGGUUGCAGGUGUCCCACAGGAAGGGACUGCCCCAUGUCAUCUACUGCAGGGUGUGGCGCUGGCCUGAUCUGCAGUCCCACCACGAGCUGAAAGCCUUGGACUGCUGCGAGUUUGAUUUUGGCUCCAAGCAGAAGGACAUCUGCAUCAACCCGUACCACUACAGGCGCGUGGAGACUCCAGUGCUGCCGCCAGUUCUGGUCCCACGCCACAGCGAGUUCAACCCUCAACACAGUUUGCUGGCGAAGUUCCGUAACGCCUCCCUGCACAACGAGCCUCUGAUGCCCCAGAACGCCACCUACCCGGACUCCUUCCCCGCGCUGCCCUGCUCCUCCUUCUCCUCCUCCCCGUCUUCCUCCCUCAUCCAGUCGCCCACCUCACAGAGUUACCCCAGCUCCCCCAACAGCUCCGCGGAGCCCGGCAGUCCGUACCACAUCGCGGCAGAGACUCCCCCGCCUCCAUACAGCAUGAUGGAAACGAGCCCUCAGGAGGACGUGAAGCCCAGCAACUCCACGGAAACCCUCAAACUCACAUUUUCAUCUCCGCACAGAGAUUUACGGCCCGUGUGUUACGAGGAACCAGAGUUCUGGUGUUCGGUAGCUUACUACGAGCUCAACAACCGAGUGGGGGAGACUUUCCACGCGUCGUCUCGCAGCGUCCUGGUGGACGGCUUCACCGACCCGUCCAACAACAAGAACCGCUUCUGCCUCGGCCUGCUGUCCAACGUCAACCGCAACUCCACCAUCGAACACACACGCAGGCACAUAGGCAAAGGUCUACACCUGUACUACGUGGGCGGCGAGGUGUACGCAGAGUGUCUGAGCGACAGCAGCAUCUUCGUCCAGAGCCGCAACUGCAAUUUCCAGCACGGCUUCCACGCCACCACGGUGUGCAAGAUCCCCAGCGGCUGCAGCCUCAAGAUCUUCAACAAUCAGCUGUUCGCCCAGCUCCUCGCCCAGUCGGUGAACCACGGCUUCGAGGUGGUUUAUGAGCUCACCAAGAUGUGUACCAUCCGCAUGAGCUUUGUCAAGGGAUGGGGCGCUGAGUACCACCGGCAAGAUGUGACCAGCACCCCCUGCUGGAUUGAGGUACAUCUGCACGGGCCCCUUCAAUGGCUGGACAAGGUCCUCACACAGAUGGGGUCCCCCCACAACCCUAUUUCAUCAGUGUCAUAACAAGGACACACGUGUGUGUGUGUGUGUGUGUGUGUGUGUGUUUGUCUGUUUGCGUGUGUGUGCGCCGUAGGUCCUUCACACAUUCUGUAUGUUGUACUAUGUCCAGGUUUUCUGUCCUACUGGCCUUUGUGGGUCAUCUCAAACAAAAAGACACCUGUUACACAACGUUUUGUGACAUCAUGCUACAUAACUGAUACACAUGAGUGAUUACGUUUGCUUUACAGCUUGUGUAGUUAAAUGAUUGAGUGUUAAUAAAUCUCACCAAGAGUGUGAUACGGUAUUUCUCGUCUUACACCGUCAUUGGGACAUUAACUGCACUCCAAGACAAGAAAACCAGUAUACAUCCAAAGGCAGUCGAGUACUAGUGUCAUUACGUGUCGUCAAUGUUAUUACGGUAGUAUGUAUUCUAUAAAACUGUUUGCUUUUCCAUUAAAGUCGUUUUAAAAAAG